AUGAUUAAUCUGAAAAUUUGUUCGUUUUUUCUAUUGUUCUUCAAGAUCUUCAUUUCAUUAUCAAUUUCUUCUCCAAUAGAUUUAUCUUCGACCUACAAAAUUGACAAUGACAAAUUUCCAGGUCUUCAAAACAUUGACCCAAUCCAAAGACCUAUAAUGCAUGCUGGUCAUAUCAAUCUUCACAAAGAAAACGAUACAAACUAUUUCUUCUGGAAAUUCUCUAAAAACAACCAGCUUGAUUCAUCAAAUUCUAACGACUUCAAUCGCAAUAACAACCUAAUCAUCUGGCUAAAUGGGGGUCCAGGCUGCUCAUCCUUAGAUGGAGCUUUAAUGGAAAUUGGUCCUUUGAGAUUAAACAAAAAUUCAAACACUUUCUACAUCAAUAAUGGCUCCUGGAUCGAUAAUGGUGAUUUAGUCUUUAUAGAUCAACCUGCAAACACUGGCUACUCAUACAGCAAAGAUUACUCUUACGAGCUAGUCGAUGUAUCCUUUAAUUUCAUGCUUUUUUUGAAAAAUUACUUCAAAGUUUUUCCAAAUGAUAUAAACAAAAAUCUAUAUCUAACUGGUGAAAGUUACAGUGGCCAAUAUAUCCCAUAUUUUGCAAACUCAAUCCUAGAUCAUAAUGAAAAAGUUCUCAACGCCAACAAAAAUCAAUCUUCAUCUUUAAUUGAUUCGGAUUUCAAUUAUAUCAUAAAUUUAAAAUCUCUAAUAAUUGGCAACGGUUGGAUUGAUCCUGCUAUUCAAUCUCUAUCCUACCUCCCUUUUGCUCUACAAAAUAAAAUUGUCAAGAAAACUGAUUCCUUUUUCUCCACUCUACUAAAUAAACACGAAAAUUGCCAAAAGGCUGUAUUAAGACUAAAUGAUAAAAACUUGUCUCAAAACGAUAUCAACUCAAUCUACAACCAAUGCGAAAUGAUCAUAAACUCAAUCCUAACCUACACAAAAACAUACAGCUCUCAUCUCAAUCAAGACCAGUGCUACAACAUGUACGACAUUAGAUUGAAAGACACCUACCCAUCCUGCGGAAUGAACUGGCCUCCAGAUGUCAGCUACAUCAAACCCUUUUUAAAUAACGAUCACAUCAACAUUAAAAAAUUUCUAAAUUUCAACUCAAAUUUCAACAAAAACUGGGAAGAAUGCAACAACAUGGUCCACCAAAGUCUAACAAACAACAAUUCUCCAUCCUCACUAACUUAUCUCAAUAAAAUUCUAAUCAAAAUUCCCAUCAUCUUGUACAGUGGAGAUAAAGACAUCAUUUGCAAUUACAUCGGUACAGAAAACCUAAUUGACGAAUUAAACUGGAAUCAGCAAAAGGGCUUUUCCGAAAAUACCUCAUAUAUUAAUUGGUACUACAACAACGACAACGUUGGUGAAAUUAAAUCUGAAAGAAACUUGACAAUGAUCAAAAUUUUUGGUUCAAGUCAUAUGGUUCCCUUUGAUAAACCAAUAGUAUCAAGAGGUUUAUUUGACUAUGCUACAAAUAACUACGAAUUCAACGAA